UCUUGCAUUUGACAGGUUACUUAAGUUUGUAACAUUUGUAGAAAGAAGUUAUAUUAAGAUGUACUCUGAGAAUGAAGUACCUCGAUUGUCGAGAUUGAUUUGUCGGGAAUCAAUUUGAGAUAAAAUGUCCUGCUCUGAUGUUUCUUGCCUGAUUAGAAAUGUACACAUGAAAGCUAUGUUAUCCACAUAGGGCUUUUCACACAUUAUCACAAGGCUUUUUUCUUUGCAUGUGUGUUUGGUUUGAUUAAGUACAUUAACAAAGUGCCUCCUCAUCUGAGUGUUACCAAAGGUUGAAUAAGAAAGCCAUUUAUUCACCUACCGUAUAGCUUCAUGUACCUUCUACCAGGGUGCAAAUUUAAACAGUCAUAUCUGUGUAUCAAGAUCUAGCGAAGUUAAAGAAGUGUCUUGCCAUUAAAUAUCAACCUUUAAAAAGCAGACAUGCACAUGCUACAAAGUUGACAGUAUGGUUAAGUUGUUUUUUGUAGUAGAUAUUUCACAGUAGUAAAAUAUUGGUUAGUAAAAACUAGUAAAAUGAUGGUCAGGAACAGGUGACUUGUGCCAGGGAAUCCAAAAGGCUAAAUGGUUGGAGCUGAACUGAAGCCCUGUACAGUGUUGCUGUGUGUGCUCGAUUAACUAACUAUUCAAGUAAAUAAUAUGAAUCAUUUCUGUUCAGGAUUUGUGCAACAUGAGAACAUUUAAACUUUUGCUGUUUUUCCCACUCGUAGUAGCAGCUAAAGUGCUGCUGGUGCCAAGGGAACGUGCUGUACUGCGUGGAUCAGCAGCCAGUUAUAACUGCAGCAUCAGUGUACCCUGGGUGGUCAUGAGUUGGCUGUUUGAUGGCAGUGUGGGGCUUACAAUCUCCAUGGAACAUGGUGUCCUUGAAAAUACUCCACGUUUCACAGCAGUUAAUUACACCACAAAUGAAAACUACAAAUGGGAAUUCACAAUCAGGAAUGUGACAAGGAAGGACUCUGGAGAAAUCACGUGUGAUGUUCAAAAUAUACAGAGCAUAAGAGCAAAUUUGUCUGUUCAAGAAGGUGGAACUGUUAGCAUUCUAGGUGGCAACUUAACUGUGAAGCAUGGUGAUCAAGCUGUGUUUGUCUGUGUUGCAUCUGGAUGGUUUCCUGAAGCACAAGUGUACUGGAGUAUGAAUGGCACAAUGGUGGACACUGAAAACUACAAUACCUCUGUUGAGGCUAUAGGAACCCUACUGAACUCUACAAGCACUCUUACAGUUUCAGCGGUUGGCAGUGCUCAAGUUCAGUGUCUGGCCAAAGUGCCUGCUCUGUUCAUACCACAAACCAGCAGUGUUUUCCUAAUCGUAGAGUCCAACUAUCAAGAGGAAGUUAUGAGUCAUAGACAGAGUGGAGAAGAAAACCAUGGAAAAGACAACCCUGGAUUCACGACUGACGGGCACGAGAGUUAUCUUAGCAAUUCUGAGGCAGCAAAUUCUAGCCAGAUUCCUGACAUAAGCCAGACAAACAGUAAUCAGCAAACUGAUUUCAAGACACAUGAAGGAAUGACCACAACUAAAUAUAGACAUCAGACAAUUGUUUAAAAUAGACGUUCAGUACCUCAGUAUGUUUCUGUAUCAGUCUGUCUCAAGCUUGUACCUGCAAAUCAAUAAAAUUCUGAAACAACUGGUCUCACUUUUAAACACCA